AUGAAUCGUUCGCAUCCACCGUCCAAGUUGUCCAAGCAGAAGAGAAACCUCGAAACGAAGCCGAAGCUUGCCAACUCAAACCCCGUUGUUGACGAAGGUGAAACGGUGACAGGUCGACGGAAACGGAAACAGGUCGUAUUCUAUGGCAACGUGACCUCAACUGCGAAGGCUCUGAAGAGCGAGCCGAUGACUGAGAGAGCUGGUCCGUCCUCAGUUCGAUCAACGAGAACGUCGACACGGUCAAUGGUUGGCACACCCUCCAAACCGGGCCCAGCUCCGCCGCUCCCUCGAGGGACGAGAGUCAGUCGUCGCUUACAUGCAGUCGACGAUGAAUGGCAGCAGGUUCCUGAGGAGUGGCUUUCGGCAAAUCAACAAGCAGAGAGCGAGCCUGCAGACGAUGAGAGCGAGUUGAGUGACCUCUCAGAGGAGGAGCUUGCUACCGUUGCAAAACAGGACGAGCAGACGCCAACGGCUGGAACAGACGCCGACUCUAGCGACUCCGCCUUAUCCGAAGCACCCUCAGCUGCUGAGAGUAUUGAGACUGCGGACGGGGGCUUGGAAGGCAAUGUUGAUGCUAGCGAUGAAGAGGCUGCAGAGCAAACAAAUGGUGAAGAAGAGCACGAGGAUGAAUUCGAGCUCGGGGUGAGAGAAGCGGCCAAUCUGCCUGAGGGUUUCAUUGAGUGGGAAGCUUUCGCAAAGUCAAAGCACCCCGAUGAGAAGGCGUUCCACAAGUUGCUCUCUACGGAAAUCGCCCCACAAAUUGUGGAAGUUCUGGAGGAGCAAGAGCGACUAAAGCAAGAAGCGAUCAACAAUCGCAAGCGUUCUUCGCGUAUUGCCAUGCGCGAAUUGGAACGUGAGGAACUGCAGAAGCAGGAGCAAGCUCAACGAGAAAUGGAAGAGCGCAUGGAACGGCUUCGCCAAGAGGAAGCUCGAAAAGAGCGCGAAGAACAGGAGGUGCUCGCCAAGGAGCGAGCUCGGGAAGAACGGCUCCGUGAACGAGAAGAAAGGCUUGCUGCUAGGGAACGCGCCAUUCAUGAACGAGCUGAGUCUGAAGCCCGACAGCGUGAACAAGCCGAGCGCGCGCGAGAAAAGAGGAAGCGCAGGCGAGAGGGCGAAGAAGUCUCGGAUGACGAGGGAACGGCUCCAACGUCACGCGCUGCCACUUCUGCUCCCAGCGAAAGUCAAGGGUCCUGGGAACUCAAGUGUGAAGUGUGCAAGCUGCAUGGGUGGAAUCUGAGCGACGAAACAGACGUCGUGUGCUGUGAUGAUUGUGGCCGUUGGCAGCAUAUGCCCUGUCAUGAUCGGCAGGACAGGGCAGCAGGACGAAAGCCGCGAGACUGGGACAGUGUCGAUUUCAGGUGUCAAGAGUGCGAGCUGCGGGCCACUGCAACGAAGCGUCCAAAGACAGAGGAGAGUGACAUCAAGCCAAUGCAGCAGAAGGUGACUAUCUCUAUGAAUGGGAACGCUGCCAACGUCGAGCCCACGGUCGAUGUGGCUCAUACUGGCAACGGUAGUCUUCAUCGGGACGUCCCUCCACUCCAGUCCCAUCAAUUUGCCAACGGCUAUCAGGCAGUACACCGCGACCACAUCCCCGAGGGUCACCUUCAGCAUCAAACCAUAGCACGACAUCACGCUCCUCCGCCUCCGCCGCACCCUCAUCUUCACGUGCCCCCACAGGGUCACCAGUUUGCCCCUUCGCCAUCGUAUGCGCCGUCGUAUGCUGCGCCGUCGUAUGCCAACCCGUCAGGCCAGCACACUCAUUCCGGGCAUCGGCCUUUCCAAUCGGUUCAAGCACACGGGGCGUUAGCUCAUGACUACCACCGCCAGCAACACUAUCAUCCAGGACCUGUAGCGCAUCGCGUAGGGCAGCCAUCGUACGCUAACAUCCUUCACCCAGCGCCAUCCCACCUUGUCCACCAGCGCCACGGUACCUAUGCUAGCAACUCCUCGACACUUUCAUCACAGUACCCAGCUGAAGAGCAUACUCACUUGCGACCAAGUGGCUUAGAUGGUCAAUCCUUCUCUGUGCCAUCAGCUGAGCGGUGA